AUGGGUAUUUUUAUACACAAAGACCAAAAGGAAGACCAAAACCUAUCAUUAGAGUACUUUGUAAACCCAAAUGAAAUUAAAAACAAUGAUAUCAUCAGCUGCCAAAUAAAGAACUAUCUCGAACAAAAGUUAAAAAAUAACCCAGGCCCGGAAAAGAAGAAGGGAACUAGGCUGCAUCAAAAGAACCAGGGCAAAAAAUGA